CACAUGAGUCUGUCCAAACCCACAGUCUGGAAAAUCUGGGAUUUUAGGUCUUGCAAAGGAAGAUUUACAGCCCAGGGCAGUGUUAGUCUAAAUGUUAAAUCAUCUACUAAGAUAAGCUUUAGCAAUUUGAGUAAAAUUUUUUUUUUUUUUUUACAUAGCCCACUUUGUGUGUGUUAGAGGAUGAGUGUGUACCUGCUGGUCCUAUGUCUGGCUUUGCUGCAGCAGGAGGGAAGAGCCGGGCCAGACCCUCCAGGCUGCAGCAGCCCUGAGGCGGUGAGGGUGGCUGAGGAAGCCCUGGAGCAGAUCAACCAGGACCGGACAGACGGAUACAUCCUGAGCCUCAACAGACUGUACGACCUCACUCACACACCUGAAAAGGAGAAAGGUGGAUCACUCUACAAACUGACCAUUGAUGUCAUGGAGACCAAAUGCCACAUCAUCAGCAGGAAACCAUGGAAACAGUGUGAAGUCAGAAGUAUUGGUGAUGUUCCGGUGUACGGAGAGUGUAAUGUAUCUGCCUCCGUUGACUCUCAAGUUAAACUUCAAAGCUACUCGUGUGCACUUCGUGAAGUUCCCGCCACUGCAGUGGUGAACGUGUGUCCGGACUGUCCAACAGCUGACAACUUAAACGAGCCAGUGGUCAAGGAGACAGCCAACCUCUCCCUGCAGAGGUUCAAUGAAGAGAGUCAACUGGCUAAUUACUUUACUCUGGAGAACAUUACAAGAGCCAGCUCGCAGUGGGUUGUUGGUCCAUCCUACUUUGUGGAGUUUACCAUCGUGGAGACGGUGUGUUCAAAGAAAACAGAUGAACUGAGCAACUGCCCACCUAUGGACUGCCAGUUUGCUCAUAGGGGCUUCUGUUUGGGCUCUCACAUGGCCCAUGAGGACCAGUUUGAAAUCAGACUCCCUGCAGGGAAGAAGGAGAGUUCAUUUCAGAACAGGAAACCAGUAGACGUGCAGUGUGAGAUCUACGAACCUCAGGCUGCCACUGUGGAGGAGCAGGCCCAUGCAAAAGCAGACAGUGGGCACACAGAGCAUCAGCACCACAACCACACACACCUGCACCCUCAUGAGCACACACACUCAGCCACACCCAGCUCAGACCUCACCGUCUCCAGGCCCCAGGGCUCCCUCGGGACUGUGGUGGACCAGCCUGCCCCUGUCCGGUCGGCCCCAGCAGCCAGCUCCUGCCCCGGCCCACACAGACACAAUCUGGGAUUGGGACGUUUUAAGCUCUGAUUGGCUUGUUUUUUAUGAUCAGUUACUCAAGCCAUAUUUUCCUGCAUGUUGUAAUUACUUAAGAAAGACAAGAAACAUAACACUUAAAUAUGGACAGUAAGUAAUCCGGUAACGCUUUAUAUUAAGGUCCUUGUAAAAAUAAUUAAUUAACAAGUAAUAAGGCCCUUGUAAGUCCUUACAAGAUGCUUAUUAACAUUACUGUGUGUUUAUAAGCCUAUAUAAGUGUUAAUAAUGGCAUUAUAAUACAACUAAUAGCAGGCUAUAAGAGAUGUAUAUUAAGAACAUUAAUAAAAUCCUCAUGAGUGUCUUAUAAUUCUUCAUAAUAGCAUUACAAACACCCAUAACCCACCCAUUAUGUCUUUGCCAUGCCUUUAUUAAUCUUUUGUUUGCUUAUUGAUAUUAAAACAUACUUUAUUGCUCAUCUAUUAUAAGUUAACUAUGCACUUGUUAACAGUUAACUAUGCUUUUUGCAGCUAAAGGGAUCUACAGCGAGAACAAUGCCUUAUUACUUGUUAAUUAAUGGUUAUUACAAGGACCUUAAUACAAAGCGUUACCAGUAAUCCUUGUAAAUAAUCAUAUAAUGUUGAUUGUUUGAUUAAAGCAUUUAUAUGGUGAGUCAUUUUCUCACAUAACUUGGGAAUUAUUUAAGAAGAUUAUGCAAAUAUUUCUGAAGGGACAUUUUUAAAAUUACUCUUUAUCCACCUUAAAUUACAAUUUACAGUUGUGGUAAUUUCACUAAGGAGAGUUCACAAUGUUUGUUUAAAGAUUUUAAACAUAAUUUGCUCUUACAAUAUUUAGUCCUGUACUGAGUAACUUAGAAAUAGGCCUAUUAAUCACUCUUAAAUAGUGAAGUUGGCAUUGUUGUUUGUUCCUUUCCACAUUGUUUGUUAAUGCUCAAAAAUGAGCAGAUUAUAUGAGAGGUAAUGUAUAGAGAAGCCUACAGUCCAAUUGUGUUACUAUUACAGACUUAUCAACAUAUUUUUGCUUUAACAGUGCAUUAGACUUGGUUCAAACCUUUAAAAGUUAAAAUUCAAUAUUCACCAUAAUUUACAUAUUUAAUGUAACUUGAAUUACAUCAGCUUUGAAUCAAUAAAGUGAAAUUUAGUGGUUAAGCAUCACACUUGUGCCCUCUAUUGGCCAACUGCCUCAGAAGCAGUUUUCCUGAGGGGAAAUACUUUUAUGAUAAUAUCAUUCAUUUCAGGUUAUGCCAGUUAAGCUUCAUUUCAGGUUGUCUCACUCACCCUCUAAAGAACCGCCAGUUAAUUAUUUUCAACAAGGAGUAGCACAAUGACAAUAUUGCAGUACUCAUUAGGUUGUAAAAUUU